UUGUAAACUUGUCAGGUCUUUCCACACUCUUUUAUUUUUUUUUUACCUCAAUGAAUCUUAAUAUAAAUAGAACUCAUGCAUCCCUCAAGUCUCUCAGAAUUCAAUAUGGAGUAUGCUAAAGAUAAUUCACCAUCACCCUUCCUUAUUUUCUUAUUGCUCACAAUUCUCGAAUCUAUCAUUGUCCUUAAAGACUUGUGCUCAAUCUUUUGCCAACUCCCCAGGAUGUUUUUAUACUUCUGGAGGGUUUGUGUCGAAAGCAAGCCCUCUACAGUAGAAGUUGCAUCCGAGAAACUUUGCAAUGACACAAAUUUAAAUCAGAAGCUGGAGCUACAAGCAGUAGAAAUGCUGACGGUGAAACAACAAACCUGUUCUCACAGGAAGAAAUUUGAAGAACUAAGUGUACGAGAGUUGGAAAUUGUGAUGAGGCAGCUCGGAACUUGCUAUGACCCUGAAGGCGACAAGCUACAAGAUAGGAUGAACUCAGAUGACAUUACUGCUUUAUUUGAAGAGCAGGAGCCGAGCCUCCAGGAAGCUAGAGAAGCUUUCUCCAUAUUCGAUAAAAAUAAUGACGGUUUCAUCAAUGCAAAAGAGUUGCGAAGAGUCCUUGGUACAUUGUGCUUCACACAAGUUUCAGAAGCAGACUGCAUAAGGAUGAUUAGAACGUAUGAUGAUAACGGAGAUGGAGUGAUAGAUUUCAACGAAUUUGUAAAGCUCAUGACAGCAAGUUUUAUCUAAAUAACAAUAUCUUCGCCUUUCUUUGAUUUCUUUCUGCAAUAAACAUAUAAAAGAGGUCUGAAAGCAGAGUAUCUUUGUCCUGGAAGCCAUUGAAUUAUAUAUAUAUGAUGCCUGAACCUGAAUCAGAAUUCCUAUAACAUUGCUUCUUUUGUUAUAUGACGAUCUUGCAAUGACUCGAAUUCUGUUGUAGAGAAAUUACAGCCAGAGUAGAUCAUAUUGAAUCCUGGUGUUCCACACUGACCAAUACAUUAAAUUAAUAUUCUUGAUCGGAUUGAGAACAGCAUUCCACACAGUGACAUAACGAGAUCCAGCGGGAUGUACAAGGGAUACGCUGGUUGGAAACCUCGUACCGUCUCGAAUUACAUUAAGAAUUAUUUGAAAUACUUUAAUAUAAAGAGGAAAUAAAAGAAAAUAAAAUUGUAAAACAUCUUCUAUACAUCUUAGAGAGCUUUUGUUUAAGAUUUUUCUAAGAGAAUAUAACAAAGAUUAACUCUUUUCAUACCUUAGUUCCUAGAGAAGAGAAAGCUUUUAUCUAUUAGGUUACUCCGAUAUAUCAAAAAGAAAAUUCUUUUUCGAGAAUAUUUUUAUUUUAAACCUAUAUUUUUUGGUAGACGUGUUAGAUAGCUAUGCAGUAUAUCUUGAAGUGGAUUAGAAGGGG